CGGGGGCUGAGGCACUAUGGCCACGCUAGCCCGCCUGCAAGCCCGGUCGUCGUUUUUAAGAAGUCAGUACUACUUUAGGAACCGCGUUGUGGAUGUAUUUAGAAAAAAGGAGUAUGAUGCAGCAGUUAAAAUUCAGAGCUGGUUUCGGGGAUGUCAAGUUCGGGCAUAUAUCAGGCAUUUACACAAAAUAGCAAUAAUUAUUCAAAAAUGGUGGAGAGGUUUCUUAGGCAGAAAAAUGUAUCAACUAAUUGUGAAGGUAGCGUAUUAUACUAUGAAGAUGAAUCUCUACAAUGCAAUGGCUGUCAGGAUUCAGAAAGUGUGGAGAGGAUACAGGAUUCGAAAGUACUGCUUUAAUUAUUUUUAUUUGAAAGAAUACUUGAGAGCUGUUUCAGAGACCAAUGAAGCAAUUAGGGAGACACUGGAGGAGUUUGCAGAGAUACAAGAAAGAGAGGAGAAGAAGGCUAACCUCGAAAGGGAAGAGAAGAAAAGAGAUUACCAAGCCCGAAAGAUGCAUUACCUCCUCAGCACAGUGCAGAUUCCAGGUAUAUACAAUUCACCAUUCAGAACAGAGCCUGAUCCAUGGGAGCUGCAGUUACAGAAGGCAAAGCCUUUAGUACAUCCAAGACCUCAAGUGAAGCAGAUGUACUCACCAAGUCUUACGGAUUGGCUGGCUUGUACCAGUGCCCAUUCUUUUCCUCAGUCUAAAUUUCUGCCACCUAUUACCAGGAAGAAAUGUCAGGGUCCCUUUCGAGAUAUCAAUGAAGUGUUAGAACAACGCUACAAACCUUUGGAGCCAACAUUACGUGUAGCAGAACCAUUCAAUCAUUUAAAGUUGGCCAGAGAGGAGCUCAGAAGAAAGGAAUGGGUGCAAAAUGUGAAUGACAAAAUGUUUUUGCCAUUUUCUUCCUACCAUAAAAAUGAAAAGUACAUCCCAUCAAUGCAUUCAUCAAGCAAGUAUGGUCCUGAUUCCUGUGAAGAACAACAUUUCCGAAGUGAAAAUCCUAAAAAAUGGAUCUGUGAUAAGGAUUUCCAAACUGUGUUACCAUCAUUUGAUCUCUUCUCAAAAUAUGGAAAAUCAUAUUCAAAAGCUGGACAGAUUAUAUAA